CGCGCGGCGAUCGAAAUUCCGCAAAUCUUACAUCACUGCACUGCCCUGAUCCUGAUGUUAGCAACGAUUCUUCUGGCGGACUAGCAGUCCAUGUAUAUGUAUAUAGUCAAAGAUACUGCUUGUACAUACAUAUUUUUGAGUGGAGAUAUAAUCGGUAGCAAUGACUUCGAUUAUAAAACUUCACGCUGUUUCGGGGGCUAUGGACGAGUCUCCCCCAUGCUACAUAUUACAAGUUGACGAAUUAAGGAUUUUGCUCGACUGUGGAUGGGACGAGAAUUUUGACCAGGAAUUCAUUAAGGAAUUGAAACGGCACGUACAUCAAAUAGACGCAGUACUUUUGUCAUACCCAGAUCCAUUGCACUUGGGUGCCUUGCCAUAUCUAGUUGGAAAAUGUGGUUUGAACUGUCCCAUAUACGCCACCAUCCCUGUAUAUAAAAUGGGGCAGAUGUUUAUGUAUGAUAUGUACCAGUCCCGUCAUAAUAUGGAGGAUUUCGAUCUCUUUACACUUGACGACGUUGACGCAGCGUUUGAUAAAAUAGUACAAUUGAAAUACAAUCAAAGUAUAUCGAUGAAAGGGAAAGGAUACGGAGUUACUCUGACGCCUUUGCCAGCUGGCCACAUGAUCGGAGGAACCAUUUGGAAGAUAGUGAAAAUCGGGGAGGAGGACAUAAUAUACGCCGUCGAUUUUAAUCACAAAAAGGAGAGACACUUGAACGGUUGUGAAUUGGAACGAUUGCAACGACCGUCCUUGUUGAUAACGGACGCUUUCAACGCAACGUAUCAACAAGCAAGACGCAGGACCAGGGACGAGAAGCUAAUGACGAACAUUUUACAAACGCUACGCGGAGGUGGGAACGUUUUAGUCAGCGUAGACACGGCGGGUCGCGUGCUUGAAUUAGCACACAUGCUGGACCAGCUGUGGCGCAAUAAGGAAUCCGGCUUACUCGCGUAUUCCCUGGCUCUUUUGAACAACGUCAGUUACAACGUGGUCGAGUUCGCCAAGUCCCAGAUAGAAUGGAUGAGCGACAAAUUAAUGCGAAGCUUCGAGGGGGCUAGAAACAAUCCGUUCCAGUUCAAACAUCUACAGUUGUGCCAUAGCAUGGCAGAGUUGAAUCAAGUUCCUAGUCCAAAGGUCGUGCUCGCGAGCACUCCGGACAUGGAAUGCGGUUUCUCGAGGGAGUUGUUUCUACAGUGGUGCGGCAAUCCGCAGAACAGUAUUAUUAUAACGAGUAGAACGUCGCCAGGAACGCUGGCAAGAGAUUUGGUAGAGAAAGGUGGUAACAGGAACAUUACGCUGGAAGUAAGACGAAGGAUCAAGUUGGAAGGACUUGAAUUGGAGGAAUAUCAGAGAAAGGAGAAACUGAAACAAGAACAAAUGAAACAGGAACAAAUGGAGACCGCCGACGUGAGCUCGGAGUCGGAAGAUGAAAUCGAAGUCGGCACCGGGAGGGGGAAACACGAUUUACUAGUGAAACAAGAAAGUAAACCGGGCUUCUUUAAACAAAGCAAGAAGCAACACCCCAUGUUCCCGUUCGUAGAGGAAAAGAUAAAGAUCGACGAAUACGGGGAGAUAAUAAGACCGGAAGAUUACAAGAUCGCUGAGACUGUACCAGAAGUAGACGAUAACAAAGAGAAUCUGGAAUUGAAGCAAGAGGACGCGGCCCAUCAUCCGGAAGUGGCCAACGACAUUCCGACCAAGUGCAUUCAAGUUACGCGCACGAUGACGGUGAAUGCGUCGGUCACGUACAUAGAUUUCGAGGGCAGAUCCGACGGGGAAUCGUUACAGAAGAUUUUAGCGCAAUUGAGACCUCGAAGAGUCGUGCUAGUCAGAGGGUCUCCGAUGGACACCGAGGUCCUGGCUCAGCAGGCUCAGAGCGCGGGUGCUCGAGUGUUCAUUCCAGGCAGAGGAGAGACGUUGGACGCUACGACGGAGACGCACAUAUAUCAAGUCCGACUGACCGACGCUCUUGUCAGCGGCUUGAACUUCUCGAAGGGGAAAGGCGAUUCAGAGGUGGCAUGGGUCGAUGCAAUGAUAACUGCUCGCGAUCAAGUCUGCCGAGAUGCCGUCGCUAAUACAGGAACGGACGACGUUAUAAAUCAAAGCGACAAGAUCCUUACUUUGGAACCGCUCCCGAUAAAUGAGGUACCUGGACAUCAGACGACGUUUAUAAACGAGCUGAAACUAUCCGAUUUCAAACAGAUUCUGAACAAAAGCAACAUUUCUUCGGAAUUCAGUGGAGGGGUUUUGUGGUGUUGUAACAAUACCAUUGCCGUUAGAAGGCACGAGGCUGGGAAAGUGAUAUUGGAAGGCUGCCUGUCUGAAGAUUAUUACAGGGUACGCGAAUUGUUAUACGAACAGUAUGCGAUUGUAUAGAUUCUAUUCUUUCUACUGACAAAUCUAAAUUUAAUAUAAAAAU